GCGCGCGGGCGAUGCGGACGGUCAAGCCCAGGUCGGUGGGCCCCUGAACCGGCGCCCCGGGCCAGCGAGGAGCCCCGCGGCGGCCGCGCGCCGGAGGCGGCCAUGGCCGGGGUCAGCUACGCGGCGCCCUGGUGGGUGAGCCUCCUGCACCGGCUGCCCCACGUCGACCUGCGCUGGGAGGCCACCAGCAGCCAGUUCCGACCCGAGGACACCGACUACCAGCAGGCGCUGCUGCUGCUGGGGGCCGCCGCGCUGGCCUGCCUCGCGCUGGACCUCCUCUUCCUGCUCUUCUACUCCUUCUGGCUGUGCUGCCGGCGGCGCAAGAGCGAGGAGCACCUGGACGCCGACUGCUGCUGCACCGCCUGGUGCGUCAUCAUCGCCACUCUGGUCUGCAGCGCCGGCAUCGCCGUGGGGUUCUACGGCAACGGGGAGACCAGUGACGGCAUCCACCGGGCCACCUACUCGCUCCGCCACGCCAACCGCACUGUGGCUGGGGUCCAGGACCGCGUGUGGGACACCGCAGCCGCCCUGAACCGCACGGCAGAGCCCAGCCUGCAGAGCCUGGAGCGGCAGCUGGCCGCGCGACCCGAGCCCCUGCGGGCAGUCCAGCGGCUGCAGAGCCUGCUGGACACACUGUUGGGCUAUGCAGCUGCCAUCCCGUUCUGGAGGAACCCAGCCGUGUCGCUGGAGACGCUGGCGGAGCAGGUCGAUCUCUACGACUGGUACAGGUGGCUGGGCUACUUGGGCCUGCUGCUGCUGGACGUCGCCAUCUGCCUGCUGGUGCUGGUUGGCCUCAUCCGCAGCUCCAAGGGCAUCCUGGUGGGGGUCUGCCUGCUGGGAGUCCUGGCCCUUGUCAUCAGCUGGGGUGCGCUGGGCUUGGAGCUGGCUGCGUCUGUGGGCUCCAGUGACUUCUGUGUGGAUCCCGACACCUAUGUGACCAGGAUGGUGGACGAGCACUCAGUGCUGAGUGGGGACAUCCUGCAGUACUACCUGGCCUGCUCGCCGCGAGCCUCCAACCCCUUCCAGCAGAAGCUGUCGGGGAGCCACAAGGCGCUGGUGGAGAUGCAGGACGUUGUGGCCGAGCUUCUGCAGACCGUUCCGCGGGAGUACCCGGCCUCCAAGGACCCUCUGCUCCGCGUCCAGGAGGUGCUGAACGGCACGGAGGUCAACCUGCAGCACCUCACCGCCCUGGUGGAUUGCCGCAGCCUGCACCUGGACUACGUGCAGGCCCUGACGGGCUUCUGCUAUGACGGCGUCGAGGGCCUCAUCUACCUGGCCCUCUUCUCCUUCGUCACGGCCCUCAUGUUCAGCUCCAUCGUCUGCAGCGUCCCACACACCUGGCAGCAGAAGAGAGGCCCCGACGACGACGGGGAGGAGGAGGCCGCCCCCGGGCCGCGGCAGGCGCACGACAGUCUCUACCGUGUGCACAUGCCCAGUCUGUACAGCUGCGGGAGCAGCUACGGCAGCGAGACCAGCAUCCCAGCCGCGGCUCACACUGUCAGCAACGCCCCGGUCACCGAAUACAUGAGCCAGAAUGCCAAUUUCCAGAACCCGCGCUGUGAGAACACCCCGCUCAUCGGGCGCGAGUCCCCGCCGCCCUCAUACACGUCCAGCAUGAGAGCCAAAUACCUCGCCACGAGCCAGCCUCGCCCCGACUCCAGCGGCAGUGGCCACUAGACCACCCAGCCAGCCGCCCACCCCACGUGCCAAUCGCCCAGCUCCUCCCUGUGCCAGCCCUGCUGCUUACGCCGUGGCCCCCCGCCGGACCCCCCGCACGUGUGCCAGGCCCCUGGCUCCUACCCCCACUCCCGCAGGAGCCCAGAGGUCCCCGGCAAGGGCCCCGGGCCGGCAGGAACGCGGGAGCUCCGGGUCAGCACCCGCCUCGGGUCAUUUCCACCACCACCACCAGGGCCCUGCUGCCCCACGCCCCGCCCCUCUGCCCUCCCAGGAUUCAGGUUUGCAGAGCUCUGCUCCAGGCCGGAUGACGGUGCUGCCCCCGGCGCUCCCUCCGUGGCUCGCUGACCCCGGAUCUCGCACCCCCCACCCCUCCCCUCCGCCCCCCGCGCUUCGCGGUCGCUGUUUCGUCCCCAGGCUGCGGGCGAGGCCCUGCCCCGGCGCCUCCUGCUCCUCUGCUGUGUGUGCGGCUCCUUCUCUCGCCCACCCGACCACGGCCCCCCACCACUUGCCAGGGGCCUCUGGGGGGGCCCCCCUUCUCUGCUUCCCACCCAGCAUCGCUCUCUCCCCCAGCGCCUGUGGCACCCAGCCCUCCACGGCGGCAGGAGGACAGCGACUGUCACGCCGAGCCCAGGCUGCCCACCCAGUGCUGGCCGCCUCCUUGGUGCCAAACCCCUUCCCCGCCCUUCAGAUGUGGCAGCUUCUGGUUCAUUCUUUGCACUAACCACACUUGUCAUCUGUAGGGCAGGUGGGCUGCAGGGCUGCCAGCCCAGCGCAUUCCUUCCUGGUCCCCUUUCCGUCCAGGACAGGCGCAGUGUCCUGGAGCCCGGCCUCAGGGGCUGGACCCGAGCUGGCUGUGAAUGAGCCCGUGGCCCUGCUGCCCUCUUGGGACUAACCACUAACCUCACCCCAGCCUCCGCAGGGCCCCGGCCAGGCUGGCGAGCGCAGCCCUGAGGCCUGCACAGCUGGCGGAGUCAGGCCGGCACAGCCACUUCUCGGGGCGCUGCUGUGGGGCACGUAGCCCGACAGGCAGCCCGCGGGCCCGGAGAGCCCUCCUCAGGUGCUGCCCAGGAGGACUGUGUCUUGGGAACAGGUGUCCUUUGGGUUGUAGGACCGAGGUCCCUGUGGCCUCGGUCUCCCUAGCUGUGAAGUGGGAGUGAGGCUUCCCUAAGGUGCUUUGGGCUUCAGUGUACAAUGUUUGCUGUUUCCUGCUGUGGCCACCCCCAAACCAGGACCGAAAGUCCUCCUCUGGCUCCGGGCUUGGCCGGCCUGACAGAGAGGCCAGGUGUGGGCUCUGGCCUGCGUGCCGGGCCAGGGCCCCGAGGUGGAGGCGGGCAGCUGGCCGCGGUUCACGGCGCGUGGGCGCUGACUGGCGGAGCAGCGGGCAGUGCCCCUUCCCUGGGCGGGCCGGGGAGCGCCCACCUUCCCUUCCUCUGUGACCCUUUUUCUUUGUGCUGGUGUCUGGGACCAAAAGGGUAAGUGGGACGGGGACCAGGCUGCUGCUGCCCCAUUCCUGGGCAGUGUCACACUGGGAGGAGAGGGGGGCGUGGGCAAACACGGGGUGCCCCAGGUGGGCCAGGGGCCCCAACCUCGAAUCUGAGCCCCUGGGCAUGGCUGACCUCGCUGCCCGCCCUUUCCCACGGGCGGGAGCAUCCUGGCCUCUGGGCCGCCCUGCCCGGGCGCCCACCACAUACUCUGCCGCGGCUCAGAAGCACAACCAGCCGCCCGCGGCUGACGAGGCCGCCGAGCACGAGUGUGCACAGCAUGGGAGGCGGCGGCCCAGCCAGGGACCCGCACCGCCUGGCAGUUCCGCCCCGUCGGUGACUUCGUGACCUCACCGAGUUCCUUCCACUCUCCGAGGCCGAAUAAAGGAAAAGUGGAAAAGUCAAAAAGUUCAACCCAAGCCUCAGCCCGUGGAGAGGAGGGGGUCCUGGGCUGGUGGUUUUUCUGUCCUAAGUUUUUGGGGCCCCCUCCCGGACCAGCCCCCAUCCCAGUGACCUCUCCAUAGCCAUUCCCACCCCCCGCCACUGGGCCUUGGGCCCCUCAGGCCCUGCAGCAUCUUGGGGGAUUGGUCCUUGACCACAUGGGGGGCAGGGAGGCCGCACAGCCCCCCAGGGUUCAGCCCCAUGAGGUGAGCAGGAGGCCUGGUCUCACUGGGACACCUGACUCGUAGGCCCUGGCUGCCGCCACAGGUUUGGGUUGCGGGACGCCUGGUUGGAGCCCCCGGCCACUGACCCUUCCCCGGCCGUGCCCACCUCAUCUCACUAUGCAAUUCCAGCUGGAGCACUGGUCCCCAGCCGGCCCGGCCCUGCAGGAGGGCGUGUGGCAGGGGGGGUGCUUUCUGUUUGAUCAUGUGGUCUGUGCUCAUGAAGACUGCCCUCCCCGGCCCCUCCCGGCCUUGCCCUCUCCCCUGGUGUGGGUUACCCCGAGCUGAGUGGGGACCGAGGCCCAAGCCCCUGGGCGUUUUCCUAGGCCCGACCUCCCCAGGGCCAUGGCUGGAUGUGCUGUCGCUGUUUAUGGUUUUUGGUUUUUUUUUUUUCCAAACUGGGUUUGGGGGUUGAUUUUUCUUUGGGGGCUUUAUUUUUCUUGACAAAUACUAGAAAUCUUGUCAAUGUAAUUUCUGUGGUUUCUAUUCAGCUUGGGUUUCAUGUUUUAAAAUAAAUUUUAAAAAACAG